AUGGGUACAACUAAUUACUGGUUAAUUAUCGUUUUAGUUUGUACACUGACGAACAGUGUCAAAUCAAAAAGCAGUUGGUUUCAAAUUGAUGAUGAAGAUGGGAUUUUGUCAGUCCCCGAUUUGAUCCGCAAAUACGGCUAUCAGGUAGAAGACCACGCCGUAACCACAGAAGACGGUUACGAACUAACGAUGUUUCGAAUUUUGCCGAAACAACCGCCGGAUACCAGCAAACUCCCCGUCCUAAUGGUGCAUGGCCUUUUGGGAAGCUCAUCCGACUUUAUCAUCAUCGGUCCAAACAACAGCCUAGCCUAUCUACUCUCCGACAACGGCCACGAAGUAUGGCUGGCGAAUGCACGAGGAACACGCUACUCCAAGAAACAUUCCACGCUUUCGCUUGAUUCGAAGAAAUACUGGGACUUCUCUUGGCACGAAAUCGGCUUCUACGAUCUACCGGCCAUGAUCGAUUACAUUAUCAAUGCAACCAAGGUCAAGCAGGUGAACUAUGUGGGAUUCUCACAGGGUACCACCUCAUACUUCGUGAUGACGUCCACUCGACCACGCUACAAUGACAAAAUUGCUCUCAUGGUGGCUCUUUCACCCGCUGUAUUUCUCAAACGAGUUCGGAGCCCUUUGAUACUGGCGGCUGUCCCGCUGUUUGGAGGAUUCAAGAAGAUAAUGGAUUGGCAAAAAGUUUACGAAAUCCUCCCGCACAAUGCCUUAUACAAUGUACUAGCCGGAUCAAUCUGUUCGUUCGGAAAUCCUAAAGGUAUCUGUCCGCAUAUGAUUGGAAAAAUCGCCGGUCCCCAUCCGGAAUCAUAUGAUAAGAAGGUGAUAACCGCAUAUGCCGGUCACUUCCCAGCUGGUGCCUCAGUCAAACAACUCGCCCACUACAUUCAAAUCAUCCGGAGUGGGUUCUUCCGAAGGUACAACAAUGGCAAAGAAGGCAACGUACGCGCUUACGCUUCCGAAGAACCACCCAUCUACAAUCUAACGGCCUCGAGUGCUCCGGUUUUGAUCUACUAUGGUUUGAACGAUUGGGUCGUGCAUCCACUGGACGUCCGGGAGUUUGCAAAGGCGCUUCCACGGGUGGUUGCUGCAAAGCCGGUAGAGGAUAAGAAAUUCAACCACCUGGAUUUCAUUCUCGGGAAAGAUGUCCGUUCAAUGGUGUACGAUGAGGUGAUAACGAUGCUCAAAGGGUUUAAGUAG